AUGCGACAGGAUGGUUUCUAUCGAAAGUCGCAACCUCUGCUCACUCCAACUGGUAAUCCUAUCAGUGACGACUCAUCUCAAGACGAAAAUAGUCAAAUUCGUGGAUUGGAAGAGGACCAGGCUGUGCUUGGGUUUCCAGGGAACCACAAUGGCUUAACCAACAAAUCACCGAAAAUGGUGAUUUUGCCGGGUCCCGAGCAACUAGUGAUGACGGGCCGUUCAAGUAUCGACUACAUAUGUAUAUAUAACUCGCUCUCAAUGAUGCAGUUAACAAGGAGGCAAAGUGCUACUUCGACUUCCUCCCCAACUCUCUUCUAG